AUGGUUCCCGUGUUGGUGGCGCUGGCGGUGGUGCUGUGCAGUGGGGUCAGUGCGGGCAAAACGUGUGGCGUCAUCUGCCGGGUGCGCGAUCCACUGACGGUUGGCAACAGCCACGUGCUGAAAGAGUGCUUGUACGAGGUGUAUCCUGUCGAGAGUACACAGAACGGAGUGGGGCCAAUGUUCCAAAACAGCAACGGCCACGACAGCCGCAAUCGUCUCUUCUCGCUGUACGGGGGACCGAGCUCUUGUGAAUACUUUGGCAACAUGAUCCAGACGGCGAAGGGACGUGACACGCUGGUGGAAACGAUCCGCAAGCAGCUGCAAAAGAGUGGCUUCAAGGGGCUGGACCUGCAGUGCGAUCCGUCGCAGGCCCACGUCUCCCAGCACACCUAUGCCGAGUUUAUCGAGCAGCUGCGUAGCUUCCUGGGCAACACGUACGUCAUAAUGGUGACGAUGGCCAGUUGCCAACCGGAACCGCAGCUGAUUGAGGCGUUUAACCGAGCGGUCGACUUCGUCACAAUCAAUUCCGCCGUGCAGUCGUCAACCCUGACCAGUGCACUCAUGUUCGGGCUGGCUCGGCAUCGUGUGCUGCUGGCCGUUCCGUAUCCUGCGUCGAUAAACUGCCCACUCAAUAUGGAACAUUCGGUUGGCGACGUACUGAGCAAUAUCGAGCAGCACAAUUUGUUCGGAGCAGUCGUACAGCUGGAUCGGGACGAUGUGAACAACGAAUGCGGCGACGGGCCGUACCCGCUGUUCCGCAAGGUGCUGGAUCGUCUCUGCCCGAACGCCGAGUGUAACUUCCAGGGAUUCGUGCGCGAUACCCGUGACUGCGGGCGGUACUACUCCUGCGACCACGGAUACAAAAAGCCGCACGACUGCCAACCUGGCUACUCGUUUGAUCUGUGCAAGAGCACUUGCGCCCCGUUUAUGUACGUGAACUGCAACCAAACGACGUGUACGGUUUCUGGUUCCCUUCCGUCGGGCCAGGUACCGAUUCCAUACCCGAUUCCGUUCCCGAUCAACGGCAACCCGAAUUGUUUGUGCCUUAACAACACCGGUGGUGGCGGUGGAAACAACGGCGGUGGAGGCGGCAACAAUAACGGCAGCAACAGCGCUUGCUGUUGCGACGUGCUGAAGAACCUCACACUCGCCCUCAACGGUACGGGCCAGUUCUCGAAGCUGGUACAGCUGCUCAUAGAUAUCGGGGUGGAUGAUACGGCGGGAGUGCUGUCGGACGUUUUGAAGGAUCUCAAACCGGCACUGAACAAACUGGUCGAGACGGUCAACAAUUUGCUGUCGAGCCUUCUGCUGGGCCACAACGCCGUCAACUCCACCACGAACACUUUGAAUAACUUACAGAACAACUCCAAUCUGCUUACUGCGCUUAUCGCUACGGUUUCGAACCUGCUGCAAGCACUGGUUGGUAAUGUGGCAGGUGUAGGUGGUGGUGGCGUCGACGUUGGUGGCAUACUCGGUGGCGUAACGGGAGGCGUGGGCGGUAACGUGGCCGGUAAUGUAGUCGGAGCACCCGUAGCCUUAGCUGGGGGCCUUGGUGGUGGACUAGCAGGUGGAUUACUCGGCUAA